AGUAGUAAUGGGUAAUGAGUGAUACUAGUACUAGUAGUAAUGAAUGUUUAAUGAGAGAUUACUAAGUAGACAUUUUAGAAAGAAAGGGUAAAGUGAAGAAGAUGGAGCAGAGAGGAACAGAAAGUCCGGUUUCUAUCCGGCAGUGGAGUAGUGAAUCUGGGAAUGUGAUGUCACGCAAUGGACAUGCUCGAUCUUCUUCACUCACCGGAAUUUCAACAAUUAAAAGGACUCAGAAUGUUGCUGCCAAAGCCGCUGCUCAACGACUCGCCCAAGUCAUGGCUUCUCAGGCUGCUGCCGACAACGACGAGGAUGACGACGAGGAGGAGGACGAUCUAGGAUUUCGCUACAGUGCUCCUCCUCCUCCUCUUCCUCUCACUCUCUCCAGUAGGAAGUCCUCCAACAAUAUUAGAUCUCCUCCAUCUCAUGCGUUAGCUCGAAACCUUGUAGUAGAAGAAGAACCAAUGUAUGUUCGUCCAGUAGCAGUAGUACCUAAUAAUAGUGAUAGACCACCGCUGAGCCAGAGGACUCCACCUCCUGUUCUGCCAAUAGACCCUCCCAUUCAUAAUCAUAAUCAUAAUAGUAAGCCCAAAGUUAAAAGAUUUCCGUUUCAUACCGGACUCCUUCAACCAAAAGAUUUAGUAGACAACCGUGAGGCUUCUAGUCUUCGUGAUGAGGUCGAUAUGCUUAGGGAAGAGAAUGAAAGUAUUUUUGACAAGCUUAGACUUGAGGAAGAGAGAUGCAAGGAAGCAGAGGCCAGAGUUAGGGAGCUUGAGAAGCAGGUUGCUUCCCUUGGAGAAGGAGUAUCUUUGGAAGCUAAACUCUUGAGCAGAAAGGAUGCAGCAUUGCGUCAAAGAGAGGCCGCACUUAAAAGUUCCAGAGAUUCAAAGGAUGGAGUUGAUAAGGAAGUCACAUCUUUACAGGCUGAAGUUGAGAAUGCAAAAGCAGAGACUGAAGCCACAGUGAGACAGCUGAAUGGAGCUGAAUCUGAAGUGAAAGCUCUUCGAUCAAUGACACAGAGAAUGAUAUUAACUCAGAAAGAAAUGGAGGAAGUUGUUCUUAAGAGGUGUUGGCUAGCUCGUUAUUGGGGUUUAGCCACAAAAUAUGGUAUUUGUGCAGAUGUUGCAGUUUCAAAGUAUGAGCUUUGGUCAUCCUUAGCCCCUCUUCCAUUUGAGAUUGUUGUUUCUGCAGGACAAAAAGCCAAGGAGGAAUGCUUGGAAAAAGGUGAUGAUGCAACAGAGAAGAGGAGCAAUCUUGUUCCAGACUUGAAUGAUCUUACCGGAGAAGGAAACAUUGAGAGUAUGCUGUCGGUUGAAAUGGGAAUGAAGGAGCUUGCUUCUUUAAAGGUUGAGGAUGCUAUUGUGCAAGCAUUAGCCCAACAACGACGUCCAAAUUCUGCUCGACAGCUAGUUUCAGAUAUUAAAUCACCAGGGGAUCCUAAAUUUAUGGAAGCCUUUGAAUUGAGUCCAGAGGAAUCUGAGGAUGUUCUUUUCAAGGAGGCUUGGCUGACUUAUUUUUGGAGAAGAGCCAAGGCUCAUGGUAUAGAGGAGGACAUUGCCAAAGAACGUCUUCAGUUUUGGAUUGGUCGGAGUGGGCAUUCACCUACUUCACACGAUGCUGUUGAUGUUGAACAAGGGCUUUCGGAGCUGAGGAAAUUGGGGAUUGAACACAGGCUUUGGGAAGGAUCCAGAAAAGAAGUUGAUCAAGAUUUCACUAGUGCAUCAAAAUUGACUACAAAACCUGAAAUUUGUGCUUGAGACAUUUUCCUUGUAUGCAUAUUUAAAUUAUGAAUUUCAUCUUUCUUCCGGAGAUGGUUGUAUUGAAUUUAGACUCUGAUCAAACUCUAGCUCUCGAUUCUCUAGCUACUUUAGAUUACAUUUGUCUGCUUUGAAUGACAUAGAACCUCUAUAAAAAAUCAUGAGUAUUAAUUUUAUUUUGACAAA